AUGGAUCCUAAAGAUUAUAAAGAUCAUCGUACAUCUUCUAAUACUUCAAACAAUAACGAAACUGAUGAUAAUAAUGAUAAUAAUGAUAAUAAUAUAACUUGUGACGAAAACCUAAACAUUGGCAGUAAAAAUAUUAAAAAUCUUCAUUUUAAUUUUCCCACUUCAGUAAAAUCAUGGGUAUCAUCAUAUUCGAGAAGUCAAAAAUAUUCAGGUACAAAUUUAGGAAAUCGGAUUGAAGUGUACGCUCCAUCUCGUCGUCUUUCCGAAGAUUCAAAUAUAAAUAGUAUUGAAUCUGAUACUGGUGGCACAGUAACAAUCGAAACAGAACGAACGCCAUUGAUUCAUCGUACUUCGGUAAUGGAAGAUGCAAGUAAUUAUAAAAGUUUAAUGGAUCUUGGAAAAUCUACAUUAAAUCAAACAACUUUCAAUGCUGUUAAUGUCUUAAUGGGAAUUGGAAUUCUUGCAUUACCUUUCGCUUUCAAACAUACGGGAUGGAUUAUUGGAAUUUCAAUAUUUUUAUUUUGUUUGAUAUCAACAAAUUAUACUGCAAAAAUUCUAAAAAAUUGCUUAGAUGUAGACCGAACAUGUCAUUCAUAUGUGGAUCUUGCCUAUUUAGCUUACGGAAAUAAAGGAAAAUAUUUUAUAGGGACCAUAUUUCUAAUGGAUUUAUAUAAUGCCUCCGACUCGCUCAAGACACUUUUUCCCCAAUCUGAUUUAAUCCAAUUAAAAUUUAUCGUGUUCUUCAUAAUCACACCAAUAACGUGGUUGCCAAUUCGUUACCUCUCUUAUACAUCAAUUUUUGGUGUAAUUGCAACAGCGGCUUUAACUUUAGUAUUAUUAAUUGAUGGAUUUACCAAGUUAAACUCACCAGGAAGUUUAAUACAACCAAUGGAUACAUAUCUUUGGCCACAGAAAUGGAUUUCAGUACCAUUAGCCUUCGGAAUUAUUAAUGCCGGAUUUUCGGGUCAUGCAAUAUUUCCUUCGUUAUAUAGAGAUAUGGCAAAACCAAAUGAUUAUAGAAAAAUGAUUACGCAAAAUCUUAUGGUAACAUCCGGUUAUAGUUUACUUUUAAAUUCUAUUGUGGUCUGGUUAACAGUGAUAAAUCCAAUCUCUAAAUAUCCUCUCGUAUUGACACCAAUUAAUUUAAGUGUUGAAGUGUUCUUUAAUAUUUCUCAUGUGCGUAUUUUAUUUGGAUCGCAAAUAAUCAAAACAUUUUUUAUGUUUGCGUCAAGAACGUUUGUUAGUUUUCUUAUCGUGAUUACGGCUGUAUUAUUUCCUAAAUUUGAUCGUGCUGUGUCAUUACUCGGUUCAUUAUUUUCAUUCCUAAUCUGCUUAAUAUUUCCAUUAUUAUGUUAUUUAAAAAUAUUUGGUAGAACUUUAUCUAAAAAUGAAAUUAUGUUGAAUUUGUUUAUCUUGGUGAUUAGUUCAAUGAUGGGAAUUUUAGGAACGAUUUGGACAUUCGUUCCUAGAGAGUGGUUAGAUGAUUAA